UCCAAGGAUCGUCGCCAUUGCUGUCAUGUUCAAACUACCUCUCGAGGGAACACGCUCGCGUUGAACGGGACCCUCACCCCCGAACGCGGACGGCGGCGGACCGGCUCCCACCUCGACCAGCUGCUGGAGUGCUACGCGACCAGUUACUGAGCUGUUAGGUGCAGCAUUGCCAAGCCUCUGUAGGGUGUGUUGGCCUCGCCUCGCCUUCUAGCCGGCUUUUUACCACUGCAUCCAACCUUCUUAUGAAGGCAGUCUGCGGCUGACUAGUCUGCAAAGAAGCUGCCGAAGGUCUUCACCCGCUCACGGGCUCUCUUGGAAAGACAGAGGUGUCACACGCACGAUGGCACCAGGGCCGGCAUCACGGCCAACAUCGCCAGGAGCGGGACCGGCGCAUCCAGCAGCAGCUGGACGAUCGCGGACACGGACGCCCGUGGUGUCGCCGCCGACCGCCGGAGCGGCCACGCAGCAAGCGACCGGAGUUCAAAGGCCGGCGAUCCCGGGCUGCCCCGCGGGCCUGGAAUACCUCACGCAGAUCGACCACCUUAAAGUCCGCCAGUCUGUAAAUCUCCUCAAUGUGCUCUUGCCGAACAGCAUUCAGAGCGAGUACCUGGUGACGAACGCCAUGGACCAGUUUAUCUUCAAGGUGACCGAGGACCGCAGCGUCUUGUGGCAGGGCCUGUGCCUGGGCCCCAGGCGGGCCUUCCAGAUGGGGCUGCACGACUCCCGCGAUGCCGAAGUGCUGCGGCUUGACCGGCCACUUCGAUGUGAUUCGUCUCUCUGUUUUUGCUGCCUCCAGAAAAUGGACGUGCGGGAUCAAUCAGGUGCAACGAUCGGCUCCCUCAGAAUGCAGUGCAGCCUGCUGUAUCCGAAUUUCGCAGUGCUUGACAGCAAGAACAACGCUGUCCUGCUGAUUAGGGGGCCCUGCUGCACACGAGCCAUCUGUUGUGAUACCGUGAAGUUCGAUAUCGUAACCAUGGACGGCGUCACGAAGAUUGGUGCGAUAACUAAGCUCUGGAGCGGAUUGUGCAAUGAAGUCUGCAGCGUAGGCGACAGCUUCACGGUCACCUUCCCCUUGGAUUUGGACGUCAAGAUGAAGGCCGUGCUGCUCGGUGCCGUCAUUCUACUUGACGCCAUAUACUACGAGGGCGGAGACUGUGCCAUGUGCCGGAGAUGUGUCGGUCAGCUAUUCUGCAGACCUUAUUAAUGUUGACAACAGAUUAGACAUACGCACAAGACUCCAACUUACAACACACUUGACUGCUGCGAAAAAAAAAAUCUUAGGAACAAUGUUUAAUGCCCUUGUAAUAAAAUACCGUCAAAU